UAGAAAGCUUUAACAGCGCUACGCAGGCGGCGCUAUCACGUGGUAUGUCAUACUUUUCUAAGCGCUGUUGAGGGCAGACCAAUCAUGGCCGUUUGUAAUUACGAUAUACGCGCUUUUAAAAUAACUUGAUCAUGAUUUAUGUGGCGGAUUUGUAUAAUUCUAAAACCAUUUUAACAUACAUUUAAACGAUUAUACUUUUUAGCUUACAAAUAUGUCAAAUAACCCAUUACACGUCCUGACAUUUGAAUGUGGCUCAACGGGGCUUCCGCAUUCUGGGUCACUGAACGCCCCUGGAGGAAAACAACCACACGUCCCAUCAAAGAGUAUUAUUGCAUUUCCAGUGUCAAGGAUGCAAACUGUCAUGGCUGAUGGGUAACGUAAACCAGGCGGUAAAUGAGCAAACACCGCCCGGACAUCCUACAACCGAUGACAGAUCUCAUUCGAAACGACUUCAUGCACGCGGACGGAUUGAAUACUUGAAAAAAAACACAUUGUUUUUGUUAUAGCGCGAGCAUGAAUUCAGCUGGCCUGUUGUGCGACACCGAGCGGCCGCGACACCGUCCGUUUUUGAUCGGGGUGAGCGGAGGAACCGCGAGUGGAAAGUCCACAGUGUGCGCCAAAAUCAUGGAGCUGCUGGGUCAGAACAAGGUGGACCACCGUCAGCGUAAGGUCACCAUCGUCAGUCAGGACAGUUUCUACCGGGUCCUUACUCCAGAACAAAAGGCCAAAGCUUUAAAGGGCCAGUACAACUUUGACCAUCCAGAUGCGUUUGAUACAGAGUUCAUGUGUCAGACUCUGAAGGACAUCGUUGAAGGGAAAGUGGUGGAGGUUCCUACAUAUGACUUUGUCACGCAUUCCAGGCUGCAGGAGAAGAUUCGCGUGUACCCCGCUGAUGUGGUGCUGUUUGAGGGUAUUCUGGUGUUUUACACGCAGGAGGUCAGAGAUAUGUUUCACAUGAAGCUGUUCGUUGACACUGAUUCAGAUGUGCGUCUGUCUCGCAGAGUUCUGCGGGACAUGAAAAGAGGCCGAGAUCUCGAACAGAUUCUUUCACAAUACACAACCUUUGUAAAACCUGCCUUUGAAGAAUUCUGCCUUCCGACCAAGAAAUAUGCAGAUGUUAUAAUACCUCGAGGAGUUGAUAACAUGGUGGCGAUAAACCUGAUUGUUCAGCAUAUUCAGGACAUUCUAAAUGGGGACAUCUGUAAAUGGCAGAGGGGCGCUGUGAAUGGACACGCCCAUGGGCGGAGUCAAAAGAGGGGUGUGGCUGAACACGACGAGAUAUCCGCCGCAGUUAAUCUCCUGCCAAAACGACCCCUGCUGGAGCCCAGCACGCGACCGCAUUAACACAAAACACACACGCGUGAUUAAAACUUGAAAGCUUUUCUGCAUGCUUCCAUGCCACACUUCAUCUGUUCUCACGGACUGUUCUGCUGCUUAUUUGUGUCACCUAACUUUCAGCAUGACCUUUGACCUGUAACCAUCUCUUUCAAAGAGACGGACAGCUGUUCUUAAAACGUAAAUUAUUUAAUGUUACCUGUUGUCGCUCUGAUUCAAUGUACAUGAUAAUCACACGUUAACCUGAAAUGACGUGUAAUGGUAGAACUAAAACAAAUGUUCAUUCGAUCUCUUUAAUUCCAAAUGAUCUUAAUUACAGAAUAAAAGUCAAAUAAGUUUGUCUGUAUAUAGAUACAUUCGUGAAAUCCUUUUAAAUACGUACUAAGGGUGCGUUUUGCCUGUCUAGAUUAUAAAUUCUGUUUGAUCAGGAAAAGACAAACAGUGAGUCAUGUCCAUAGAAUAAUAUCGUAGUGAUUAUUUACAAAUUGAUUUAGUAUUUAACCACGAAGUGUAUUUUUAAUAUAGCUUGUGCUAACAUGAAACGUCUCAUCUGAAAUUAAUGUUCGCUUUCAGAUGUGAAUAUUUAAAAAUAUUUUUCAUUUUAAUCAAUGUUUGCACUUUGUCCAUGUACACGCUUUUUUAAAUAUUAAAGGAAACGUGAUGCUGUGUUUCUUGA